AAAAAGAAAUAUUUUAGCGAUUUGGGUUCACUUCGAUUUUGUUUUUGGUUCCCAAGAUCAGUGAAAUGGAAAGCCCGGUUCGGUUUCCCAUUCAAAAUGAACGGCACCGAUCGGACCCAGCUUUGCCAGCUUAAUUGCAACACAAUGUCUUUUGAUAUUUCAAUUCAACGGGAACCAAAUGGCAAAGUUUCAAACUUUUUGAGGGGGUGAAUCCUUGGCACCAUGAUUUACUCGUAAUAUUCUGCUUCUGCUUCAUCUUUGAUUGGAUAUCAUGCAGUUGCACUGAUGGUGCUGACAUGCACUUCAGCCCAAUCUCUUUCACCCGGAGACUUUCCACUCUGAUUGAAUCACAUCCUUCCACGUCCUUUAUCAGUUCCAAGAUCAAAUCUUUAGUCCAACACUCUCAGUACGCAGAGGCCCUGAAGUUGUAUUCGCCUGCAAAUGCCACCAAAUUCGCCUUCCCUUCCCUUCUCAAGGCCUGCGCUUCUCUUUCCAAUCUUUGCUACGGAAAGAUCGUUCAUUCUUCGGUUCUUGCUCUGGGCCUGCGAAAUGAUUUGUACAUAGCGAAUUCGCUCGUCAACAUGUACGUGAGAUGUGGGUCUUUAGAUGAUGCCGUCAGGGUGUUUGAUGAAUUGGCCGGGAGUCAAGCAUCGAUUCAGGAUGUCACCGUCUGGAACUCUUUAAUAGAUGGGUACUUCAGAUAUGGCCAUCUUGGGGAGGGUAUACAUAAGUUUGGUGAAAUGCAAUUGUUGGGUGUAAGGCCUGAUGAGUAUACUCUUUCUAUUCUGUUAGGAGCUUGUGAUGGCCUUUUGGGAUGUAUGCAGGGGAAGCAAAUUCACGGUUAUGUUGUCAGGAACAUGUUCAGUGGUGACACUUUCUUAGAAACAGCUUUGAUUGACAUGUACUCAAGUUGUGGGAGACCAAGGGAUGCGUUCAUUUUGUUUGAUAAUCUGGUGGACAGGAGCAAUGUAGUAGCAUGGAAUGUAUUGAUAAGUAGGCUCACUGAGAAUAACCUGUGGGAGUAUAGCUUGAGAUUCUAUUCAUUGGCAAAGAAUGAGAAUGUGGACCUCGUAUCAGCAACGUUUUCUAGUGCCUUAAGUGCUUGUUGCUGCGGUGGAGACAUGUGUUUUGGCAGACAAGUCCAUUGUGACGUGAUUAAGAUGGGUUUUCACGAUGAUCCCUACGUCUCUACUGCUACUUUAACUAUGUAUGCAAAGUGUGGAUCAGUUCGAGAUGCACACUGUCUUUUCUCUCAGUUAGAGAGAGAAAUUGAGUCAUGGAAUGCGAUGAUCUCAGCUUACGUCAGUAAUGGCUGCGUCCAUGAUGCUAUGGAGGUUUACAACCAGAUGAGAGCAAGUGGUACAAAGCCGGAUUCCAUCACAUUGUCAAACAUUUUAACUUCCUGUAGUAUGGCUCUGCUUCAUAAUUUUGGAAGAUCAGUCCAUGCAGACUUGAGCAAGCUACCGAUACAAAAAAAUGUUGCUACACAGAGUUCGCUGUUGACUAUGUACUCCAAAUGUGGAAACAUUGAAGAUGCUAAUUUGGUUUUUUCUUGCAUGACAGUGAGAGAUGUGGUAGCAUGGGGUUCCAUGAUAUCAGGUUUUUGCCAAAAUGGGAAGUAUGAGGAGGCUCUUGAUUUAUAUAAAGAAAUGAAAAAUGAUGGGAUCAAUCCAGAUUCAAAUAUCAUGGCAAGUGUACUUGAUGCUUGUGCAGGGCUAGAGAAAAUCUCUUUGGGUAAAGCCAUUCAUGGAUCAGUGGUAAAGAGUGGACUGGCAUCUGAUACCUUUGUAUCAAGUUCUCUUAUUGAUAUGUACUCUAAAUGUGGUUUGCCAGAUACAGCAGCAGUUUUAUUUUCUAAUAUGCCACAUAAGAACCUUGUAACUUGGAAUUCCAUGAUGUCAUGCUAUAGCCGAAAUGAUCUCCCUGAACUUUCAAUCAAUCUUUUUUCUCAAAUUAUGGAGCAAGGUAAAAAUCCAGAUUCUGUGUCCAUCACAACUGUGCUUGCUGCAAUUUCAUCUUUAGCAUCAUUGCUUAAAGGAAAAACAGUCCAUGGAUAUCUGGUAAGACAGGAAAUUUUGUGGGAUCUUCAAGUAGAGAAUGGACUGAUCGAUAUGUAUAUCAAAUCUGGAUGCAUCAACUAUGCUGAGCAGAUCUUUCAAAAAAUGCCACAAAGGAACCUGGUGACGUGGAACUCGAUGAUGUCUGGUUACGGAAAUAAUGGGGACUACCUUAAGCCCAUCCAACUAUUUGACGAAAUGAGAAUUUUAGGAAUAGCUCCUGAUAAAGUGACCUUCAGGUCACUGAUCUCAUCUUGUAGGCAUUCUGGUUUGGUUGAGGAAGGCCUGAAACUUUUCGACUUGAUGAAAGAGGGGUAUCAGAUUGAGCCCGAAAUAGAGGAUUAUGUUAACAUCAUUGAUCUCCUUGGCCGAGCUGGACGCUUGGAUGAUGCUUAUCGUUUCAUAGAAAGCAUGUCCGUGGUGCCCGAUAGAAGCGUUUGGCUCUGUUUGCUGUCUGCAUGUCGAAUCCACAAAAAUGUUGAGCUUGGGGAAGUGGCAGCUUCCAACUUGUUGAGGAUUGAACCAGACACAGGAAGCAAUUAUGUUCAGUUAUUGAAUCUUUAUGGAGAAGCUGAGUUGCAGGAUCAGGCAGCGCAAUUGCGGGCUUCCAUGAAAGAGAAGGGGUUGAGGAAGAGCCCUGGUUGCAGUUGGAUUGAGUUGAGGGACAGAGUUGAUGUUUUCUACUCGGGAGGUUCGUCGACCCAAAGUACUGGCGAUAUUUGCAAUACGUUGACUAAUUUAAAUAGGAACAUGGGAAAGAUAGUUGUGGAUGAUACAUGCAUCGAGGCCUUCUAGUGUCCGUGGGAACGAGGGAGAACCCAAGUUACGAGAUAUGCGGGUUACUGAGCUCCAAGGAACAAAGAAAAAGCGGUCCUCGGACCACCUUACGAUAGGUGCACCGACACUCAGAAAGUGCCAUGAAAUUAUACAAUAGCGAUUAGAUUCAAAGUUUGAUUUGAUUUUGGAAGCAAAUUUAUGCCGGAAAUUGCUGAGGUAUUCAGGUGUCAGAAUUAGCUUUAGCGUGGUAGUCCUGAGAGGGAACAUGGGAAGUGUUAGAACUUGGCUUUUCUCUUGGGAUGUCAGGACCGGCUGGUGCUGGGUGAUCUAGUACAUAACAUUGACAAGUCGUGAACAAAAAAGUUCCAGUUCUUUGAUUAAUAUAUAAGCAUGCUCUGUUUCAUGA